AUAGUAAUAAAAAUGGAACCAAAAUACUCUAUUGAUUUUGAACACACAUCUAGGCUUUUCCAACUGAAGUAUCACGACCUGACAACGAAGAAGGAAAUGGCGACAGUCAUACUCUACUUCCAAGACGCUAUCAGAGAAUAUCUUGGGACAGAUAAAGUCCAUUUCGAAGUGGAUGGUGAAGAAGCAGGUCCAGGUGAAAUCUUGGAUAACUUAGAAUCUAAACUUAGUGUUGUCACAGAAAACGAAAUUGUACCAGAAGAUUCAUUAGAUAAGUUUGUGAUGUACGUUAAUAAGAAAAAUCAGCUGAUCAAAGUUACUAAGAGGAAGAGAGAUCCUACUAGUAGUGCUGCAACGAGGGAUAUGAAAGAGUUCCACGAGAUUUUAUCGUUUGAUAUCCAUAAAUUACCUCAUCGCAAAGCACACUCAAUUGAUUCUGAUGAUUAUGUAACUGAAAGCUUCUUUAAAAUGCCUCUUCCAGUCAUAAAGACAACCAUGUAUGAAGAGGAUAAAAAGGAGGAAGACUUUGAGGAUCCUGACGAAGUGCCCAAGGCAAGGAAGAAGGUACCUAUUAAGGAUGGAAUCUCACAGCAAAAGUUUAUCCUCGAGUCAAUGGGAAAGGCAGCUGUCACUAAAACACCUGGGGCUAAGUAUUACACCAUGGAAGAAGUAGCCAAACACAAAAAGGCAGAUGACUGUUGGACUGUCUGGCAAGGCAAAGUCUAUGAUAUCACAAGCUAUGUGAAGUCUCACCCAGGAGGCAAGAAGAUCAUGGCUGGAGCAGGAAAAGACUGUACUGAGCUAUUCAAUAAAUAUCACCACUGGGUCAAUGCUAAUUUUAUCAUUGGCAAAUUACAAAUUGGUGUUCUCAAAUACUAAAUAAAUAAUAACGUUGCUAACAUUUCAAUGUCA